AUGGCGCUGCUCUUUUUAUGUUUAUUCUUAAUCCACAUUGGUUUUUCCCACCAUGUCUCUGCAGAUUUCAACAGCGACUUUGAUAUCAUGUGGGGUAAUGACCACGUUAGGAUACUUGACAACGGCCAGCAAUGGCAACUAACUCUUGACAAUUCCUCAGGUUCAGGAAUCCAAUCGAAGAGUGAAUAUCUGUUUGCUAAAAUUGAUAUGCAAAUCAAAUUGGUGCCCGGUAACUCGGCAGGCACUGUAACAGGUUACUAUCUGUCGUCUCAAGGGGAUAAGCACGAUGAAAUAGACUUUGAGUUUCUGGGAAAUCUGUCUGGAGAUCCCUAUAUCAUGCACACUAAUUUGUUCUCUCAAGGCAAAGGCAAUCGUGAGCAGCAAUUCUACCUCUGGUUUGAUCCCACUGCAGAUUUCCACAAUUACUCUGUGCUCUGGAAUCCCCAACUAAUUGUGUUUUCUGUGGAUGGAACUCCAGUGAGAGUGUUUAAGAACAUUGAGAAUUUGGGUGUGGCGUAUCCUAAGAAUCAGAGCAUGACAUUAUAUUCGAGUCUGUGGAACGGAUCUGAUUGGGCAACUAGAGGUGGUGCUGUGAAGAUCGACUGGAGCAAAGCCCCCUUCGUUGCCUCAUACCAAAAUUUGAAUGCACAGGUGUGCACUUCUUCCUCUGAUUGCUCUGCAAAUUCAUGGUAUAGUAAAGCAGCAUUGGAUUCGAGUGAGCAGCAGAAGCUUCAAUGGGUACGCAAGAAGUAUAUGAUAUAUGAUUAUUGUUCCAACACGAAAUGGUUUCCACUGGCCCCUCCUGCUGAAUGCACCCAUUAG